AUGUGCAAUCUCCCUUACGGCUAUGGCACCUACCCCAGUGCCACCCACCAGGCAGCGGGGCAUCACUGCUCCACCAGCUCCCUCCCUCGCUCUGCCCCUGGCACCCUGGGGUGGCCUCCAACCAGCACCUCAUCUUUGUCCUCACAGCAAAUCUCCGUCCCUCCAAACACCAACCAAGGCUCCGCCUCCAGCACCCGCUCAUCCCCCCUGCCCCACCAGAGUGAGCGCACCGAUCCUCCUCCGGCUGUGGCUGUACGUCCAUACGUGCCCGACCAUCCCUCCAGGCCCCAGUCUCCGAGGAGAGGCCCUGCCACCAUGAACAGCAGCUCCAUCUACAACAUGUACCUGCAGCAGCCUCACACCAAACACUACGGAUCUCUCACCAGGAGCAGCGGCAGAGCAAUCUAUGGCAAACCCAUCCUGCCGCCAUCUUCCACACCUCUGGCCGUCCUCCAGGGAGGAGGCAGCAGGACAGCAGAAGAUGCUCCAGACAAGGAAGAAGGACAAGAAGUUGGAGGAGGAAAAGCUGAUGAUGGUCAAGUCCUGCCUCCUCCUAACGUGGACAACAUCCCUCGUCCUCUCAGUCCUACCAAGCUGACUCCAGUUGCCUACUCCCAACUUCGGUACCAGAGCGAUGUUGACCUGGAAGUCCUCCGCCGCCGCCUCAGCAACGCCCCACGACCCCUGAAGAAACGCAGCUCCAUCACUGAACCUGAGGGCCCCCAGGGCCCCAACAUCCAAAAACUACUGUACCAGAGGUUCAACACCUUGGCUGGAGGCAUUGACGGAGUCUCAGGCAACACCUUCUACCAGCCUGACCGUCUUCUGGGGGACGUGGACAGCAGCCACUCGGCAGAGGGGAACGUCCAAGAGGGUCCGGCACCAGAAGACACGGAAGUUCAGAACCUGAACCUGGACUGUCGUCGCUUAUCUCCGGCGGCCUGCGAGACGUCCGGUGAGGCGACGACCACGGGACAAACCAAACACAACGGCUCCCAAUGGCCGCCAAGCAGAGGUGCCUCAGCUCCCGUGAGGCCCGAAGACCAGAAUAAAAACAACUCGGAUUCUAGUCCGGCCCGUAAAGUCACGAGUCACGUUUCGCCCUCGCCGUCACCGCCUGCACCUUCUUCACAGCCUCCUAAGGGCAAACGCAGCAACUUGAAGAAGCCCUGGUCAGAGCGCAGCGGGCACGGGCUGAGGGUGAAGUUUAACCCUCUGGCUCUGCUGCUGGAUGCCUCGCUGGAGGGGGAGUUUGACCUGGUGCAGAGGAUUAUAUAUGAGGUGCAAAAUCCCAGCAUGCCAAACGAUGAAGGCAUCACCCCUCUUCACAACGCCGUGUGUGCCGGUCAUCACCACAUUGUCAAGUUCCUGCUGGACUUUGGAGUCAACGUCAACGCAGCAGACAGCGACGGGUGGACCCCUCUGCACUGUGCAGCUUCAUGCAACACCGUCCACCUGUGUAAGAUGCUGGUGGAGUCAGGGGCCGCCAUCUUUGCCCAAACUAUCAGCGACGUGGAAACUGCAGCAGACAAAUGUGAAGAAAUGGAGGAGGGCUACACCCAGUGCUCUCAGUUCCUCUAUGGUGUCCAGGAGAAGAUGGGCGUGAUGAACAAAGGCCUGGUCUACGCCCUCUGGGACUACAAGGCCCAGCAGCCGGACGAGCUGACCUUCAGCGAGGGCGACGCCCUGACGAUCGUACGGCGGCGUGACGACACCGAGACCGACUGGUGGUGGUCUCGGCUCGAGGAGCGCGAGGGGUAUGUUCCCAGGAACCUGCUGGGGCUGUACCCCAGGAUCAAACCCAGACAACGCUCGCUGGCCUAGAGCCCAGACCAUCCAGGAGAAGAGAGUCACUUUUUACUCUGACUGGGGAUGGAGGCGAUUGGAGAAGAGGAGGAACUCCCACUUCAGACAAAAGUGACAUUUUAUUUUUCCACAAAUGCUGAAUAGCGCCGCCUAGUUGUUGCUCGGUGCUUCCAUGAAAUAAUCCUCAGCAACAUCUCGCCUGAAUGUAGACAAAGUCCUACGACGACACGGCAGUUUGAAAUGAUACGACUCUGGCUGCGUCUCAACUGGUGCAUACUGACUCCGAGGGCCUGAUCUACUAAGUCGUCCCCUAAAUCAGCAAAAUAGAGAGCGCCAUCCAGCUAGCGUGAUGUACAAAAAACCCCAAAAGCGGUGAAGUUGUCAGGUUGUGUAAAUGGUAAAUAAAAAGAGAAUACAACAAAUCCUUU